UUGUGUACGUGUGUAGUGCGAAAGAAAAACCGAUUGCAGUGUUCUCUGGAGUGAAGAAAAGUAUUUUUGUAAUUUAAAAUAAAACUUAAUUAUAUUAAUUCCACAAUAAUCUGUGUGUGUUCUUUUAUGAAAUCAAAUAAUAAACAAUCAAUCCUCAAUGCAUAAAAGACGGACUAUUAUCUAAGAUGCUAUAAGUUUCAAAACACAACGUAAAAACAAAACAACACACAACUUAUUCAUUCCACAUUAAUUUAUCCAAUCGAGAAUAAUUCCAAAAAAAGGGGGAAACAUUCUCAUCUUCAAAUUAAUUAAAGAGGCGAUGACCUUAACAACUGCUACUCAGCAAGAAAGUAGCAAAAAAAUGGAAGUCAAAAGCCCCGAGAACUUACCCACCUCUGAAAUGGAUCUCCUUGCAAAAUUAGAAGCUGCAAAUAAACUUAUCGAAAGUGAUGCCAAAAGUUUAAAUUCCUUACAUUCUACGCAUAGUCGCAAAAAUUCCGAUACAAGUCAAAUAAGUAUUAAUUCAAGUGGAAAUUCAGUUGCCGAAGAAGAUGUAUGGACUACAUGGGCAACUAUACUCAAUGAUUGGGAGGGAAGUCUUAAGAAAAAGACACCCUGCGUUCGAGAAUUAGUUCGUCGUGGAAUUCCACAUCAUUUUCGGCCAAUUGUAUGGCAACUAUUGUGCGGUGCGAGUGAAGUUGAUAAAAAGCAAUAUGCUGAGUAUAUUAAAGCAACAUCAGCAUGUGAGAAAGUGAUCAGGCGGGAUAUUGCACGAACUUAUCCCGAACAUGAUUUCUUCAAGGAGAAAGAUGGCCUUGGACAGGAGGCUCUUUUUAACGUAAUGAAAGCGUAUUCACUGCAUGAUCGUGAAGUUGGCUAUUGUCAAGGAUCUGGAUUUAUUGUUGGAUUGUUACUUAUGCAGAUGCCCGAAGAAGAAGCAUUUGCCGUUUUAGUUCAAAUAAUGCAACAGCAUCGCAUGCGUGACAUGUUCAAGCCAUCGAUGUCUGAAUUGGGACUUUGCAUGUACCAAUUAGAGAGUUUGGUACAAGAACAAAUACCAGAAAUGCAUAUUCAUUUUCAGCAACAAGCAUUCCAAACCACAAUGUACGCAUCAAGUUGGUUCCUCACUCUUUACACAACAGCACUGAACUUGAAUUUAAGUUGCCGUGUGAUGGAUGUUUUCCUAAGCGAAGGAAUGGAAUUUAUUUUUAAAGUAGCUCUAGCCUUGCUAACGUUAGGAAAAGAAACGCUUUUAUGUUUGGAUAUGGAAGCAAUGCUUAAAUUUUUCCAAAAAGAACUUCCUGGUAAGGUCGAAGCUGAUCCGGAAACAUUCUUUAAUCUAGCGUAUUCCAUGAAGAUCAAUACAAAACGAAUGAAAAAAAUGGAAAAAGAAUACUCUGACUUGAAGAAGAAAGAACAAGAAGAAAUGGUUGAACUUCGACGGCUGCGACGUGAAAAUCGUUUGCUUAAACAACGAAAUGAAUUACUUGAAGCUGAAAGUGCUGAAUUGGCGGAUAAACUUGUUCGAGGACAAGUAUCACGUGCCGAGGAAGAAGAAACUAGUUUUGCUAUCCAAACUGAACUACUUCAGUUGCGUCGAAAUUUUCUCGAAGUUUCACAUCAGUUGGAGAAUGCUAAUGAAGAAGUUCGUGGUUUAAGUUUGAGACUUCAGGAAAACAAUGUCUCCAUUGAUAGUAACAAUUCCCGUCAAAAUUCUAUCGAUGAACUUUGCAUGAAAGAAGAAGCACUCAAACAACGCGAUGAAAUGGUAUCUUGUCUUUUAGAAGAAUUAGUCAAGGUACGUCAGGGUCUAGCCGAAAGUGAGGAUACCAUACGUAAUUUAAAAUCAAAAAUCGAAGAAAUAGAAGACGAAAAUCAAAAACUUCGCGAAAUAACUCCCGAUAAUUCUGUGGCGCAUUUGCAAGAUGAAUUAAUUGCAAGUAAAUUGCGUGAAGCCGAAGCUAGUUUAUCACUUAAGGAUCUUAAACAACGUGUACAAGAACUGAGCUCGCAAUGGCAACGGCAAUUGCAAGAGCAUAAAGCUGAACAUAGUACACCACCAGUCGAUUCGACACCAAAGAAACUACUCACAAAUUUCUGGGAUUCUACAACCAAAUCGCAUGAAAUGCAAAAACUAGAAGAAGAUCUUAUGACUACCAGAAUAAGAGAAAUGGAAACUCUAACUGAACUUAAAGAGUUACGUUUAAAGGUAAUGGAACUAGAAACUCAGGUGCAAGUUUCAACAAAUCAACUUCGUCGACAAGACGAUGAGAAAAAGAAACUCAAAGAAGAACUCGAACUAUCUACGAAUCGCGAGAAAGAUUUGGCAAGCAAGGCUCGUGAACAACAACAUAGAUAUUCGGAUUUGGAAUCUCGCAUGAAGGACGAACUUAUGAAUGUGAAAAUCAAAUUCACAGAGCAAAGCCAAACUGUUGCCGAGCUAAAGCAGGAAAUAUCUCGUCUAGAGACCAAGAACUCUGAAAUGCUGGCUGAAGGGGAACUACGCUCUAAUCUCGACGAAUCGGAUAAAGUUCGUGAUCUGCAGGACAGAUUAGCUGAUCUCAAAGCAGAGCUUACAGCGAUUAAGAGUAGAGGAAAAUUUCCAGCGGCCAAAUUGAGAAGCUCUUCGAUUCAAUCAAUUGAAUCAACUGACAUUGACUUUAACGAACUGAAUAUGCGAAGAGAGAGUACGGAAUUUACGUCAUAAUAUUUAAAGUAAAGUAAAAGUUUGUAUUUAUUUAUUUAAAAAAUAAUAUUAGAAUCAAUUUAAACAUUCGUUUAAGUACUACAAGUAUUCCCUUUUUUUUUUAUUAAUUUUAUAUACAUACACAUUAAUUAUUUGUAUUAUAAAUGAGUUUCGAUGCAGUCAACAUGAUUUUGAAAACAAAUUUAAACAAAUAAAAUUAAUUAAAAUUCUCGAAGAGGAUUUAUAACAUGAUAACAUUAUAAUAUAUACAACUAUUGAGAUAGAUUGUAGAUUUUAUAUAGUAUUUUAUAAAUAUUAGAAAUAUCCAAUUAUUAAAAAAUAAAAUAUAAAAUUAAUCUUAGGGAAAAUGUGGCAAAUUAAUGGACAUUGUCCAAAUUUAUUUAAAAAAAAAGUAAAACAACCUAAAAAUUCAUGAGGAAGAUAAUCAAUUAUUGUAAUGUAGUAUUUUAAGUUAAGUAUCAUUUUGCAGAAUUGAUAUUGUUGUAAAAGUUUGCAUGCAGCGAUUUAUUUUUAUUUUCCUGUUUGACAUUUUUAAUGAAUAACAAAUAUACAACAACUUAAAAAAAAAUAAUAACCAAAUUAUAAGAGUAAAUUUUAGCGCGAUAUUUCAUUGAAAGUAGAGUUUAAAAAAUAGCAGCUUAAAUAACAAAUUAAUGAUAUAUACAUGAUAUUCUGAAAUUCAAUCGAAAUUUUAGGGCAACAUUUUUCUAAAAUUAAAUAAAAGUGAAUGGUGUUGAUGUUAGUUUUUAAAGUUUUAAAAAUAAUCAAAGGAAUAAAAAGAAUUCAAAUCACUGAUUUCACAUUCAAUUAGAUUGGGUUACAUUCUCUGUUGGCUAAGGAAAAAGUCAUGGAGUGGAAUAGUUAGUAAAAAAAGGCUCAUAAGUUCUUGUUAUUCACUGUUGAUUGACCGCUCGUGUGGACUGAGGGAUGACAUUUUAUAUGAACAAAGUAAAACCUUCUGCGUGUAGUUAUUUUUGCAAUGCUCAUUAUGAUUUAAAUUGGCGUCCAAGAUAAUUUUGUUAUUAAUGAUUCUAUAAGUCUUUGGACAGAAUUGAUGUUGGUAUACAUUAAAAAAAUAGUUUGAAUAUCAUUUUGCCAAAUAUUCAAACGGUUUUAGGUUUCGAAAUCACUAAAAAACACAACUUGAAGUAAUGGAUUUGUGAAAACGAAUCACAUCUAAAUAGUCAAAACCCAAAAUAAACUAUAUUUUACCACAAACAAUGUUAUAUAACCCAAAUUCAUUUGAAAUCACUAAUUUUUUGUACCUGAACGAAAAUGGAAGCACUCUUCAGCAUAUAAAUUCGCCAUUUAAUAGGAAAAAACAGGUUUCAAAAUAUAUGUUUCCCCUUGUCAUGCUUGACUUUUUGGUUGGGGCCAGCAACGACUUUUGGAUGAAAUUUAAUUCUAUUUUUACAGAUUGCACUUUAAAAGGCCCAAAGUCUGGUAUUCUUCGGGUUUUCCAAUAAGAGGUUUUAUAUUGAAUAGACAGCUAUUUAAGUAAAUUUUACUUUUGAAGCGGUGAUCUUUUGACGUUUCACAAGUAAAAAGUACACCAUUACCAUUAUCGAUACACGCUUUAACAACGCAUUAAAAGCCCCUUUUGUAGACCUUGUUAUUUAACAUAUUUUAUACAUUUUUAUUUUGGGCUACGUAAAAGAUAUGACCGCAGCCGCAAAUUUACUAAUUGAUUAUGGAAAUUUCAUCAAAAGCUUAUGGUGCUGCAACCGUACCAGUAAAAAAAAUAAACAUCCAUUGAUUUCUUUUAAAAACAUACUCAUUAAUUCCCUUUUAUUGAAAAACUCAUUAAAGCAAAUGAAAAAUGUAUUUAAGCUGAGCCCAACCAACUGAUUACAUUUUUACUUUUUCCAAAUUUGUUUGAUGGUUAGUGCGUUGGACUGUCAUGCGAGAGGUCUUGGGUUCGAUCCCUACCUAAGCCAUCUAAAGUUUUUUUACGGGUACUGCCUCUUGCGAGGAAUUGACAAAUACUCCAAGAGUAAUUCUUGUCAUGAAAAGUGCUUUCUCAAAUUGCAGUUCGGAUUUGGCUUAAAACUAUAGGUCCCUUCCAUCCCUGACAACAGUACUCGCACACAGGAAUGGUUGAGAGUUGUCAGUCACUAGGCCCUAGUUCUCAAACGGACUGUUGAGCCACCCAAUUUUAUUUCUUUUAUUAAUAUGACUAAGCAUAUAUUUUCGAAUGUGAAGCAUUCUUUAACAAUUUUUGUUCCAAACCGCAAUUAAAAAUAUCUUCUUUUUAAUUUGAAAUAUAAUUUUUUAGUAUUAUGUACACAUUAUUUUAUUUUUAACUUUAAAUCUCCUUUUUGAUUAAAAAAAAUAUUAUUUAGUAUUAUGUAUCAUUUUAUUUUUAACUUUUAAUGUUGUCCCUUACUUUUGUUGGAAAACUUGUAAUAAUGUUAAAUUAUUUACAUUAUAUAAAAAAACGAAAUGUUUUAACAAAAAUUAGCUGUGUCACACCAUUUACUUGCAUAACAAACAGUUUACUCAAACUAAAAAUAUAAGCAGCUACGAAUGUUGUUAACGUUUCAAAAAUUAAAAUUUAAGUUCUUUCAUUUACAUUGAGUGCAAUAUUUACAUUAAUUGAUAUCAUUUAUUAGUUCUUAACUGCCAGCAGUAAUACAAAUAUUUUCUUUUAUUUUUCAUGUAUUAUUUUUUUUUAAGACUUUAAUAAUUGAAACAAAAAACUAAAUCAUUAUAAUAAUUAUUACAUAAUCGAAGUUGAAGAUUAAAAAAUAAAAAUAAUAGUUGAACAAGUUUACAUAGAAAUGUAUGAGUAUGAAAAAAGCACAAUAUGCUUCCGCACAAAAUAAACUUAAAAUAUUAUCGAUAACAUUGUUGUUUUGUUAAGUAAAAAAUUAAAUGUUAUUUAAUUUAAAGUUGAUGAAUUUCUUCCGGGUUCUGUCUGUUAAAUCUAUUCAUAUUUUUAGUUCAUUUAAUUCAAUAUAAAGUGAUAUCACUUAGAACAUCAUUUUGAAAAAAUUUCGAAGAACGUAUAAUAAUGUGACGAUUAGAUUAAAUUAAAUUUAAUUUAAAUGGUUCGUCAGAUUAUAGCGAAAAUAACUUAGUAAUUCGAAAUUUGACCCAUUUAAAAAUGUCACAAACUGUAAACUUCGAAAAUAUAGUAUACUUUUAUUUUGUUUGUAGAAUAGUCUUAAGCAAGAUUCAAGAUUACAUAAGUUCAUAAUUUUAUAAAACAAGUUUAUAUUUCUUUGAUAUUGAGAACUUUCCAAGUUAGAUUGUCACUAGACUAUCCAAGCAUUUGUUCUUUUUACUUUUAUACUAUUCUAUAUUCGGCAUGUGAAAAAUAAAUUAAAUCUUAAUCUUAAAAUGACACUCUGCGAGAAAGGAAUUUUGUUUCUUUUGAUCUGCGAACACAGAGGUCUCUGAGAAUUUCUAAGAUAUGAUAAAAUUCCAUAAUACAAACAUAA